AUGCCAGAAUCCGUUCCAGCAAACGAUUUCACAAUCGGUUGGGUAUGUGUCACUCAGGUCGAGUUGGCAGCUGCUGUCGAGAUGAUGGACAAGGUCUACACCGACCCCCCACCUCACCCAGGCGAAUCCCAGAUCUGCGUCUUCGGUCGAGUUGGCGUCCAUAACAUCGUGGCUACCUGUGUGCCUGCUACCCAUAUAGAUACGGUCUUAAGGAAGAUGGUAUCUUACCUUCCUUCGCUCCACUUUGGCAUCUUCGUCGGUCUUGGCGGUGGCGUCCCAAAUCUCGAAAGAGGUAUCGACAUCCGCCUCGGAGAUGUUGUCAUUAGCCAGCCAACGGAACAGGGUGGCGGAGUGAUACGGUAUGAUCUCGCUGAUGGCCGUGUUAGCCGUACAGGCAGUGUGGGCCUACCACCAGCGGCAGUGCUUGAUGCUCUUACUGCAUUGGAAGACAACUAUCUUCGUGAUAACACGCGGCUUCCAGAAAACCUAUCCAGGCUCUUGACCAUUCCGUCAUUUGCUUCACCGGAGCCUGAUCAAGACACUCUUUACAAUGCAUAUUCGCCGCAUAUAACCGGAACCAACUGUGCCAACUGUCACAAGGGCGACAUAGUGCAACGAAAACAACGGAAGACAAUUGGUCCCGCUCUUUUCCUUGGAACCGUCGCGUCCGGAGACAGAGUCGUGAAGGAUGGAAGGACGCGUGAUUGGUACAGCCAUCAGCUGGGAGGCAUUCUGUGCUUUGAUAUGGAAGCAGCCAGAGCGACCGAAAACUUCCCUUGCCUUGCCAUCCGGGGCAUCUGCGACUAUGCUGAUGCACAUACGAACAAGCUAUGGCAGUCGUACGCAAUAGCUACAGCCACGGCGUAUGCGAAAGAGCUGCUACUCACCAUACCAGCCCUACCACAGACCGAUUCGGGAUAUCUCACGAAGUUUGAAAUUCCGCCGAAAAACAGGGAGCCGCUCGUCACCGUGGCGCCAGUGGCGAUUGCUACCGUUCUGUCACCCUCAACUGGCUCUGCGCCCAGACCUGGCGACAACGACAACAUCUCUCCAACAAGGCCCAAGACAUUGGACGCCAGCACCAAGACUUGGUAUGACAGAAUGAAAGAGCCGAGUUUCGCCUGCCCCUAUGCAAAGAAAGAUCCUCUCAUCUACCCCAGCUGUGUUGGCAGGCGAUUUCUAAGAGUUAGGGAUACAAAGAAACAUUUGCAACAAAGUCACUUACUGCCUAACUAUUACUGCAUAGCUUGCAAAGAACCUUUCAGGUCCCGGGGAGCUUUCGAUGUUCAUGUCAGCACUAUUGGCUGUCAGGCAGCUAUGAAAUCAAGUCUUGUGGGAUUGGCAUCAGGCCAGAGGAGAGAGCCUGUGUCGAGGACCAAUUUAGUCCAGGGAGACCACCGAAACCCGAGAUUACAAGAAGCUCAGAAAGCACAAGGAGCAGAUAAGAGGCUCGAAUCACAAAUCAGCACGAGCCUGGGGUCUGAUGAUGGACAUAGUACGGAGAACAAGAAAUGGUUCAUAAUGUGGGACAUCCUGUUUCCUGGCAUGACACGCCCAAGCAGCCCAUACGUUGACGACGAAGCUACUGUCUCUACUCUCAACAUCGACGAGAUAACUAGGCAACACACAAUUGAAACAUCCGUGGAUACAGCCGAGACGAAGACCAAGAAAGAGGUACCAGGCACAGAGAGCGACGCAACAUCAAAUACACAAACCAAAGCCGAAACUUUCGCUAAUAACCUGAAGUCGCCUUUCGCUUUUGCGAGCCCUCAGGUCGAUUCUACCGAUUUCGGCGACUUGGAUUCAGAGUCCGGGGAUGAUUCAAUAUUCUCUCUGGCAGAGUCGUUGAUGAGUCUGACCUCUGCCGGUUCAAUAUCUGUAAUCGAGAAUGGCUACCUCGUCAAGGAGUUCGCGAACCUUAUUCGUAAAGACAAGGUCAUCAUGGCUUUGGUCAGCCAGGCUGUGGAAACGGAGUCAAUCGGGGCAUUGCGGAUGCGCAACAACUUCCGACGUCUUUUACGGCAUUACGCCAGGAGUCUCAAGGGGGAGGCGAAGAGCAGCGAACACAGCGUGGCCGCAACUUUUGUGAGCCAAUUUUCCGACAAAAUCUCAUCAGAUCUCUUCUCAUCACUGCCAACCGAGGGAAAGAAGGUUCUUGGCAAUCUGGCCGACCAAGAAGGGAGCGUGGAUAGGAGGCAGAAAGUCGAAGACUUUCUCCGAUGCCGCGUCGUGAUAGAGCAACAGCAGGAAGAGUCGUCGGAAAAUGAGGAUGGCAUCGAAGAUGAAAAUGAAGAAGCCGAUGCCAACGAAGACGAACUGUACGACGGUUCGCUGAGCGAGCUACGGCACAUCACCAGGUUUCUCGUCGACAGCCUGGCUUUCCAGACUCUCCGCCAGAGGCUCCAAGACUUCGUCCAUCCUUCGAUGACAACAGAACUCCGGGGCGUGUUGAGUGCUUGGCUCAAGCCCGGAAGCAAGAGAGCCAAGUUCAUCAGGCGAUACGAGCUCCGUAACCUCAUCACAGAACUACAAUUUGUUCCAACGUCACGAAUUCGGUUGGAGAGAAAGCAUGGUGCCGCUAGUAGGCACUCGGGGUCUAUGGUAGAGCUCUUGAAAAGCAACAUCGAAACUCGGACGGGAGGGCCAUGGGACUGGUGGCCCCUGAAACCCACCAAGAGACCCCUUGGAGACAACGAGGACAGGGUUCUCUGGACAUGCUUGAAAUAUUGGCAGGCCUGUGGCGACGAGAGAUGGGCAGAAAUACCCGUCGAGUUCGCGAAGCGUCUUGAAUCGGCAAUGAAGCGGCACCCCAAGUCUAGCCCAUCAUCAUCACAAUCACCGCCAAGUCAUCCAUUCACAACGUCUUCGAGGAGUAACUCGAAACCUGUUUCUAGCAACACAGAAUCCAGGCCCGCACAGGCAAGGGGCCAAGGCUACACUGGAAGCCCUCCUUCGACCCAAACCCGGCCUUCUAUCACGGCAUCAUCGGCCAUUCAGACCCCAACUCAACGACCGUUGUUCGACUAUCGCAUUUUGCUGAUGGUCAGGUCUGGUUCAGAUUACCAAUUAGCUCAAAUAGGCGUGGAACCACUCAAGUGCCAUCAAUUCUUUCGUGAUCUCAAAGCCAGAUACCGUGGUCUGCGGGGCUACGUACGCAUGUGGUUCAGCGUUUGGGUGUACUCGCACUGCGACUUUUAUAUGUGCGAAAAGUUCGAAGACCACGAGUUCGUACCAAAGAAGGAGCACGAGUUCCCUGAGGCAUUCAACCUUGACUACGACUUCAUCCCGAAACCGGCCGAGAGGGAAGCGAUGCCUCCUGUCACGCCACACGAGUUCUACAGGCGCUUUUACGCGUGCUACGACCGGACCUCAGCGCUGCACUUCCACCACCACUGCAGAAAGUUAUCGGGGCACUCGGGCGACAUCCUCGACAAGUUCCCCAAGAAGAGGUCGGAGCUGGAGGAGGGCGGCGACGCCCGGGUUGUCUUCUGGGGCAUCUACGCUCGGGAGCGGAUUGCCAUGGUGCGGGUGCUGUGCUACAACUUCGUCUGCGUUUUGCCGAUGCUCGUCUUCUUCUUCGGGUGGCUCUCCCGGCAUGGGCCGGAACAUAUUCAGGAUGCGGCGGUGCCCGUUUCGGUCAUGACUGCAAUGCUGUCGCUGUUCUGGAGUGUGUUUCUGAGCAGUAUCUUUAGUGAGCCGCGAUUACAGACAUAA